UCUAGCGGUGGAAGCGACCGGCCGCGUGUUGGAGACGGGUCUAUCUGGCGGCAGCGGGCGGUUCGGUUCGGAUUGGGAGUCAGACGUCCAUCAGUGGGGACAGAGCAAGAGGCGGUAUCGACAGUACUAUGAAGCCGGGAUUUUCACCGCGGGGAGGAAGAGGCGGUUUCGGUGGCCGGGGCGGUUUCGGAGACCGCGGAGGCCGGGGCGGUUUCGGAGACCGCGGAGGCCGGGGCGGUUUCGGAGACCGCGGUGGUAGGGGCGGUUUCGGUGGGAGAGGUGGAUUCAGUGACCGGGGAGGGAGAGGAGGAGGACGAGGCGGAUUUGGUGACCGAGGAGGCCGAGGUGGUCGGGGGCGUGGAGGAGGUCGUGGAGGUCGGAGGGGCGGAUUCCGCGGCGGAUCAAAAGUGACGGUCGAACCGCACAGGCAUGAAGGUGUCUUCAUUUGUCGAGGGAAAGAGGACGCUCUCGUGACGAGGAACAUGGUCCCUGGGGAGUCGGUGUACGGGGAAAAACGGAUUGGUGUGGAGGAGGCUGAGCAGAAGAUCGAGUACAGGGCCUGGAACCCCUUCCGGUCGAAGCUGGCAGCGGCCAUCCUCGGAGGUAUCGACCAGAUCCACAUUAAGCCCAAUGCCAAGGUUCUGUACCUGGGGGCGGCUUCCGGCACCACCGUCUCCCAUGUGUCGGACAUUGUGGGGCCGGAUGGCCUGGUCUAUGCCGUUGAGUUCUCCCACCGCUCGGGCCGGGACCUCAUCAAUGUGGCCAAAAAGAGGACAAACAUCAUCCCCAUCAUUGAGGACGCCCGACACCCCCACAAGUACCGCAUGCUCCUGGGGAUGGUGGAUGUCAUCUUUGCCGAUGUCGCGCAGCCAGACCAGUGCAGGAUCGUGGCCAUCAAUGCCCACCAUUUCCUCAAAGUCGGCGGCCACUUCGUCAUAUCUAUUAAGGCAAACUGCAUCGACUCCACAGCAGCGCCCGAGGCUGUGUUUGCGUCAGAGGUGAAGAAGAUGCAACAAGAGAAUAUGAAGCCACAGGAGCAGCUGACUUUGGAGCCCUAUGAGCGAGAUCAUGCCGUAGUGGUUGGAGUCUACAGGCCACCCUUGAAACAGAAGAAACUUCAACAAGAUUAGAACCUACAGAUAAGCUAGACAACCAUCUGCUGAUGUGUUCUCAGUCUUGAAUUUGACUGAACGAAGUGUUCUUCCUGAAUUUUAAGAGUGAAGAAUAACCUGCCUUAGCUUUUGUAAAAGGACUCGUUUCCAAAUAGCACUGCUCAUUCUUGGGCAGGGUUGGGGUUUCUGACAUUGUUUAGUAGUGGGGUGGGGGGGAAUGAGAAGAUUCAGGAAAAGAAAAUGUAUAUAGAUUUGAAUUUUAAAAUAUUCUGGAAGGAACAAGAUCGUAGCAGAGGUUGGUGACUGUUUACUCCUGGGAUUAGAUUAUGGCAUGUAAAUCCGCCGUAAUGACUGAGCUGUUCUGGAGAAAAAGUCCAGAGGUAUUCCCAACCCUCUCCUCAGCUUAGAAACAGGCUGCUCUCCUUGUUUUGAGAACCAUACACCCUCUCCUUAACCGUUAGGUAUUUUAUAUACAUUUCAUUCAGUGAAGCUUGGCGUCCAAUAUCCUGUUUUGGCAGGACGGGGUCCUCCUUCCGGUAGUGUCCCGGGGAAGCACUAGGGAGCCUCUGCAGAUUCUUCUCAGCAGUAGACAUUUUGCAGGAAACAGUGUUAUGUACUUGUAUGUGAAUGGAUUUGCAAAGUUUUUAUAUUAAAAAGAGAAAGCAAACAGAUUUUGCAAGUGUCUCCUUUUGGAACUGAGAGCUCUGGGUCAAGAAAUGAGCUGCUGGAGGAGCUCAGUAUCUGCAGUCUCUUUAAGUUCCUUGUGUAAUAGUCAUGGGUCCCCUCGCAUUGAUGUGGGUUAAGGAGCAGGUUUAGGCCACUCAGGCCCUCAGACCUGCUUGCCAUUCAGUCAGAUCGGGCCUGAUCAUACCUUUAGCCUUAACCUUUCAUCUAUCUCUGGAAACUAUUCAGCUUCUACUGCUUUCUAAAGUAACAGAGAUACUGUGCAGCAAGUAGAGGCUUUUCAGCCUAUCACAUGCACAGAUUCAACAACAUUAAUCCCAUUUUUUAUUCUCCACCACCCAGGGUUUACCCACUUAUAACAUUAAGCAGCCAAUUUACAGUGCCCAAUCAAACCACUGAUCCUGCACAUUCCUUGGGAUGCUGGAGGAAACGAGAGGGGGAAAUGAUCCCAUGCAUUCAUAGGGAAAACAUGCAAACUAUGUACACUCACUCACUGGAUGGUGCUAAUGGUUACGCUGCACAUUGAUACCGGUGAAGCUGCUUUCUUUUUUUUUUGUCAUAAAAGAGAUGUUUUAUUAUACAUAUUUAGACAGUUUCUUGGACAGGAGAUCAGCUCGAUCUACUUUAGCACCAGUCUCUUCACCUGAUGGUUUGCUUGCACCACUUCCUCCUUCACCAUGCAGCUCCAUGAGACCUCUUUCAAAUCUUGCCAACACCAAUUGAUCUCUGUGCCUUAUAGUUGCCUUGUGGGUGCUGUUAGGGUAUAGUUAUGAUAAAUAGCAAAUAUUAAUUUCAACAGCAUCCAGUCUUCAGAUUUGAAUGUGGAUUGCAGAUUAAACUUGAAAUGCCACUCAGGAUGAUGGACUUCUUGGAGCUGCAGACUGGGGUCGAUUGCAAACCAGGAAAUGCUGGUUGAUUUGAGAUGUCUGCAUAUGCAUGAAUGAGAGAGAGUGAGGAUUAACAUUCAAUCUACAGUGUGUGGAGUGUUGGUAUGAAGAUUUGGGUGUUUGAAAAUUAUAUUGAAUGCAUCAAUUUAAUAUCAGAAUGUAUACAGUAUACAACCUGAAAUUCUUACACUUCACAGACAUCCAUGAAACGGGGAAAAACCCAAAGCCUCCCCCCAUCAUGCAAGUAAUAGCAAAGCUUCCAAAGAGACCAGUAUCUGGAGUCAGUCAAAAACUGAAGUCAGUUCAUCCCAACAACUUGGUAUCUCAGACAGGCUCUCCCUAGCGAGGGAGAGAGAGGUCACUCCUGCAACAAACAAAAGCAGGAGGCCAGAAGCUCGCGGUUUUGGUGUUAUGAUCUGCCGUGUUGCUUCUCAGUCCCAACUUGAGGACUAACUGGCUCCAACUCAUCUAAAGAGAGAGGGAGGAUCACUUGAGUGCGGGGGCCUUCUGACAACAGCAGGCACUGCUUGCUGUCUCAAUGUUUCAGUCUUGCGCGGUGCUUCAGUCAGUGACAUUGGUGAGGAACUGGGUCGUCCUCAGGACCACACCUGGAGAUACUGAAAUGCCAGGUGGCACGGUGGGUCUGAAGAAGCACUCAUGACACGCUGGAGGAACUCAGCAGGUCGGGCAGCAUCAGUGGAAACGAUGAGUCCACGUUUCCAGCCCGAACCCUUCGUUCCUGACGAAGGGUUCCGGCCCGAGACGUCGACUCAUCGUUUCCACUGAUGCUGCCCGACCUGCUGAGUUCCUCCAGCGUGUUGUGAGUGUUGCUUUGACCCCAGCACCUGCAGAUUAUUUUGUUUUUGGGUCUGAAGGAGAACCUGUAAGGAACAAUAGUUCAAGCUGCCGCUGUAGAUCACAGACUCCAACCACCUUGAAAGGAAGAGGGACAUAAGAAAAGAAAAAUAAGCUGUUUCAUGGCCGAACUGAAAGAAGUUGCCCAGGUCUGUAAAAACUUCUGGCACCAUCUUUUCUAUCUCUUCCCACCAAAUUAAUUGUAACUCAAGUUAAACAUUUGUAUUGAAGUAAAUUAUGUCAUCGUAACUAUUGAAAAUGUGUUGAGUUAGUGGCGUAUAUGACUAUAUGAUAUAUAUGUACAAUAUCUGAAAUACAUCUUAUGGAAAUGUUUGAUGCUGAACUUCAAUAAAAAAUAAAUUACAAAAAAAAGAAAAUGUAUUAAGUUAGCAUUGAUCUUCAGGGUAUAAAAAUGUGAUUU